UGGUAUUUUUCCUUUGAAUUAUUCCGUUAAAAUAAAAUUUGGACAAAAUUUAUAACCAUCUACAAAAUACUUUUACUAACAUGAUAAACAACCUAUAGAAGAACAGAACAAAUCUGUGCAUUUUGGCUAAAUAAACCAAAUCUUUGAGAAACUACAGUACUGAAAGUAAAACAACCUGAAACUAAAGAAUCGAUCGUUCCGAUCUUAUCUGUAUUUUUUGGAUCGAUCCGCCCACAUCUGGCACCAACCUGCCCUUCUUUUCCCUCCCUCUCUUUUCUUUUUCUUUUCUUUUUCUUUUUGUCGAGGCUUCGGGGGAAUUGCCAAGAGCUGUUUCAUGCAUGUCCACUGGCGGCAGGUUCAACUUUGACGAUGGGGGGUCAUACUGCGGAGGGUGGGAGGAGGGCAAGGCGCAUGGCUACGGGAUCUGCACCGGACCCAAGGGCCAGGGCGAGUACUGCGGCUCCUGGGCGCACGGCUUCGAGCUGCUGGGCGUCUACACCUGGCCAAGCGGGAACACCUACCAGGGCACCUGGGCUCAGGGGAAGAGGCACGGCCUGGGCGUGGAGAACAAAGGCCGCUGGGUGUACAAAGGCGAGUGGACGCACGGCUUUAAGGGACGCUACGGCGUGCGGGAGAGCACUGGGACGAGCGGGAAGUACCAGGGGACGUGGAACAACGGGCUGCAAGAUGGCUACGGGACGGAGACGUACUCGGACGGAGGAACAUUUCAGGGCCAGUGGGUCGGAGGGAUGCGUCACGGCUACGGCGUCCGGCAGAGCGUUCCAUACGGCAUGGCGGCCGUCAUCCGCUCUCCUUUACGCACCUCCAUAAACUCUCUCCGUUCUGGUUCGGAGCACAGCAACGGAACCGCGCUGCUGGACCGAACGGGUGCCCUGGUUCCGGGCCCGCCCACGGUUCCGGGAACUCUGACCACCAGCGUCUCCAUGUGCAGCACAGGCAGCAGCGGCAGCAGCCCCGCGGUGUCCCGCGGAGGCUUCGUGUUGACGGCGCACAGCGAGGCGGAGCUGCUCAAGGGGAAGAGGAAAGGAGGAUUGUUCCGGAGGUCCAUCCUGUCCGGCCUCAAGCUCAGGAAGUCCGAGUCCAGGAGCUCUCUGGCGUCGCAGAGGUCCAAACAGAGUUCGUUUCGGAGUGAGGCUGGGAUGAGCACCGUCUCCUCAGCUGCAUCGGACAUCAACUCCACCAUCAGCCUCGGAGACGCAGACGCGGAGUUGGCAGUUGCGGACGACGACGUCGACGCCACGGCGACGGAGACGUACUGCGGGGAGUGGAAGAACGACAAGCGGACGGGAUUCGGCGUGAGUCGGCGAUCCGACGGGCUGCAGUACGAGGGCGAGUGGCUGAGCAACAAGCGGCACGGCUACGGCUGCACCACGUUCCCCGACGGCACCAAGGAGGAAGGGAAGUACAAGCAGAACAUCCUGGUGAGCGGCAAGCGGAAGAACCUGAUCCCGCUCCGCGCCAGCAAAAUCCGGGAGAAGGUGGACCGAGCCGUGGAGGGGGCCCAGAAGGCGGCGGACAUCUCCCGGCAGAAGGCCGAGAUCGCUCUGUCCAGGACGGCUCACGCGCAGGGAAAAGCAGAGGCGGCGGUGGGAGCCGCGCAGAAAGCCCACGAGGAGAGCCGGAUGGCGAGGGUCACCGCCAAGCAGUUCUCCCCGUCCUUCCAGCACCCUGGAAACGGAAUGGAGGUUCAGCGACCCAAACGUCAGGUUUCCAGUGAAGUCGAGGGCGAGGGCCUGUCGAGUAGCGCCGGCACCGCGGAAAGCCCAGAUCUUUACACAAAAAGUGUUGGAUCUGAUGACCCCUCCAACGAUGCCGCGACCCCCGACCUCAGCCCACCCUCCUCUUCACCUCCCCACACGCCGCCACCACCUGCCCGACCGUCGCAGCGAAGCAAGAGCGCUCGAUUCCACCGGCAGAGCGCCGUAGACCACGGAGACCGGGGGAAGGACGGCGGUGAGAAAGGGGGAGAAAGAGGACACACGGAGAUUCAAGUGCUGAUGGAGGGAGGCGGCGAGGGAGGAGUGAAGGCGGAGUAUCCACGCGCCAACAGCUGGAGCGAGGACAGGAGGAGGGGGGUGCUGUCGAAAGGAGGCGGCGGGAUCAGUGGCCGUGGAGGAAGCCGGACCAACGGACACAAACACAGCUCCUCCAAUCACAAAUCGCGGGAGCACAGUUCGUCCAAUCACAGGCAGGUCAGGGGCGACAGGUGGACAGAGUCGUCUUCGUCCGCCACUUGGACGUCUGGGCACAGGGGGACGCACGGCAGGGGGGGCCGGCUGCUGGAGCAGGACGAGGAGAAGAUCAGCAACUACGAGAUGGAGAUGAAGCCUUUACAGCCCAGAGACUCCACUACCCACAAGCCCCAUGGGCACGGGGAGGAGCGGCACGGGCACGGAGAGGGGCGCUCUCAUGGCGCGCCACGUCAGAGGCACAAGAACCGGGAAGCGAGGGACGGGGGCAAGGACUUGACACACAAGGGGGAAAAAAUGGAUUCUCGGCCACUACGACGAGACCUGACCUUGUCCCCGCCUCUGAAAUCCUCCCCCAUCAUACCCGACCGGCAGGACCUCAGCCUCACGGCCAGCAAAGGGAACUCGGCCUACAGCUCCAUCCUGGUUGCCAUGGUGAUUCUGCUCAACAUCGGAGUGGCUAUUUUGUUUAUCCACUUUUUUAUUUAAAGGCGGCGAUGCUUUCAGAGUCAACCUACCUAUGCCAGAAACACGACGAAAACCACGAGUAUUACAGCAAAUCUGCUGCCCCUCCGUGCGUCCCGGCCGCACAGAAGACCCGGACCGAGGACUGGAGAGGCGGAACCGAGCCGGGUCCGGUCCGGUCCAGGUGGAGGAAGAGCUGAGGCCAAAGAAUAGGACAACAGGUUGGUCCAGGGAGAAACCUGGACUUGUGUGACCCAAAUGGGCUGACUUGAACACGCAGACAGGACUGACGGACUUUUUCAUUGUCAAAUCAUAGUUUUCGACAGAUUUGUAACUUCAGAUUUAUUUAUUGACUUUUUUUUCUUCCCAUGUGCAAUAUGUUGAUGGUUGUAUUGUUUAUUUUUGAAACCCACCCUCUUCUCUCUGAACCUCCUGCCUUUUACUUCCUCCGCCUCCCCAGCGGCUGUUACUGAUGGUACGGGCGGUGAAACCCGGGCGGCGAGUUCUCAUUUCACCUCGUUUUUCAUGUGUGUGUGAGUGUGUGUGUGUGUGUGUGUGUGUGUGUGUGUGUGUGUGUGUGUGUGNUGUGUG